GAACCGUCCCGAGUGCCCUGACAGUUUGUUUCAAAACAGUUUGCAAGGGAGAACGAUCGAAGAUGUUUCUCGAUAAGAUGAAUUGCAGCUUGCUGUAAAUAAAAUUCUUUUGACGUUUCUAGCGGGACAAGUGUACGUUGAGGAUAUAUCAGGAUUAGAAACAAUAAUAAGAGGUUACAUUUCGAUUAGUCGGCGAGAGGGAAGUGACAUUUGUUGCUACGAUCGUGGGAUUCGAAUGUUCAUUACUGAGAAACAGUCGUUGUUAUUUAUUACGUGUACACAGUUGCAAUGUCACGUAACAAUGUGACGGUCAUUCGCGCGGCGGCGAACGACCAGCUGAUCGUGCGAUUUAGCCAGUCACAACGGAGCCGUGAGGUUACGUGUCAUGACCGUUGCGAAGAUGUGACUUCGAACCCUUUUAUACUAUAAUAAUCGAUGUACAAAUCGCGCGAAUCGUACGGCGUGCCCGGUCGAUUGUGCGUCUCGCGAGGAUGAGCGGGGGCGCGGAGUACAAUGUUGCCGCCAGGUACCGGACGGUCAGGAAGCACCUGGACAACCUGGGGUACAAGCAGGCGCUGUCGCUGGACGCUCUGCCUCUGAUAGAGGCCCUGCUGGCCGAUCUCAUUCAGACUACAGACAGCCUUAAACAUUUCAAAACUGUUGCUCAGGAGAACAUCGAGGCAUGCGGCCAGUUGCAAUUGACAGUUGACCCCUACAAGUGUGAUAAUGCGAGAUUGGUGCGGGAGUGCAACCAGCUUCACUCGGAUUUGAUAGAAACUAAGGAGGCGCAUCAGAAGCAAGUCAAGGAUCUCAAGAGGCAGAUACACAAGUUAGAAUGUGAGUGCAACGACCUGCAAUUGGCGUCGUCGCGAAACAUACAUAAGAUAAAGGAGCUGGAGGCGGAGUCGGCCACCAAGUCUAAGAAGAUAUUGGAGCUUCAGGGCAAAUGUCUGAAGCCGACCGUUAUUAAUGUUGGUCUUGCCGCUAAGAAACGUCCCUGCUUUCCUCUUCGAAGACCAGCCUUGGAGGCCGAGCCGAUGCCGAGGGCAAAGAGCAGCGGCUCGCUGCCAAGAUUAAGUAACGUGGAGCCCAAGAUAGUAGAUAUAAUAAGCAUGGCGGAUCACAAGAUGAAUUGCCUGAGUCAGGAGGUAAUGAAAUUACGAGGGGAACUUUUAUUGCAAACCGAUACCAUAGAGACCCUCGAGAAACAGCUGGCCACAAAGGAAAAAGAAAUAAUUCGACUGAGAAAAAUGUUGGAGGGUGGUCGUUCCUACGCUGCGAUUAACAAGGACUGCUCUUGCAAGAAGAUGGAAAAGAAAGCUGGCCACGAUACUACGGAAAUCAGUGAAGUAAGAGUUCUCCAGCAGGCCAAACUGGAGCUGGAACAGCAAUUGAAAGAAUCUCUAAAUAAACAACAUGAUGCUAUGUCUCAGGCAAUGAAACUAGCAGCACGAAAUGAGGAGCUAGAGAAAGAAUUGAGAGAUAUAGAUCACGUUGCAUUAGCUGUAGAAGCCGACUGCAAUUCUACAGUCAAAGAGAAUAACAGACGAGUUUGUAGGCUCCAGGAGAAAUUGGAGGAUGUCAUAAUGCAAGUGCAUGUCUUGGAGCGCGAGUUGACUGUAGAACGCAGAGAGAUGCAAGAGUUGCGGGCGGAUCUCGAAGCGUGUAGGCUUGAAAAACGUAAUGUUCAACGCACUCUCGAAUCUACAUUGGACGAAAAGAAACAAAUGUCAGACAAGAUCAAUCAGCUGACGGUCAUUGAAAAAAUUUUAAAUGACGAAAUGGAAAGACUGACUAAAGAAAACGAGUGCCAGAGACAAGAUAUUAAUCAGUUGCAAUUUACUAAUAAAUUAUUAGAGAAGCGUGUACACGAAAAGAGUUUCGGGGAAAGUAACGAAGAGAAUAUACAGACGCGAGCGAGAGAAAAGGGGGAAAAGAAUGAUCAGAAUAAAGGGACGAAAGCGUCGAAGAAAAAAAAUGCAUUUAAAAAUAACAAAAAUGAGAAAUAUGAUAUGGGUCAUCAAGUUAACGAUAGAGAAACUAUAAAAGAUACAAGCAGCUUUGAUAUGCAAAAACGGAUUGACGAAGCGGAUUUAAAAAUUGCAUCUCUGCAACAGACAAUUCAGCGAUUAGAAGUAGAACGAGAUCACUAUAGAAAGGAAUACAUCAAUUGUCGGGACGAGCAGCGUAGAACAUCUGACAAAGAUAAUGCUGACUUGUGGACACGAAUUUGUGAAUUAAAACGCGAGUUAAGUGACAAGGAACAAUCUUUAAGCAAAGCACUUCGGGAGAAGGAGGAGCUGUGCCAUGAGAAGGAGGAUCUAGAAGCACGAUUGCAAACUUACAACGGUCAGAGGCAGAUGUGUAUGCCUUGCAGAUCGUGCAGCUUGUGCAAACCCGUCCAUUGUUGUACCUGUGCCACUGGCUUGCCAAUGUCUACUGGAGACAUCAGCACGACGAAGACGACACUCGAACGUCUGGAACGAGAGCGGGAUGCGGCUAGAGCGGAUGUUGAGCGGUUGAUAGACGAACGCGAUGCACUACGGGAGAGACUUAAGAUGAUGUCGGACAAAUCCGAGCAACUCCGUCUUGAGGAGAGUUUAGUCGAGACGGAGAAUCGCUUGAAUCAUGUAGAAAAAGAACAAGAUCUGUUGGUGACCCAGGGCACGAGGAGAACGGCGAUAAACGGUCUCGAGGAUCAGUUGGGCGACGUGCAAGAGGAGCUGCACCGUACGAAGCAGGAAUUAAUGGCGCAACGGACGCAAUAUUUCCAGCUACGAACGUUGCAAGAUCAAACGGAUCAGGCGCUCGGGGACGCGCAGGGCCAACUGUCGCAGGCAGAAUUGGAAUUGAACAAGGCGAUGGAUCGCAACAGAAGUAUGGAGCAGCAGCAGGUGCAGUUGAACGAUCAAAUCAAGGAGCUGAAGCAGGAAAUAAAUACUCUGCGCUCGAGCAUGGCGCUCUUGGACCAGGAGAAAGAUCGGCUAUUGAUGGCACUGGACGAGAAAACAGAGAAGAUCGCCGCACUGGAACGAGAAUUGACGCACAAGGACCAACAAGCGGAGGAGAUGCAACAACAAAUCCGCGAUUUACAGCAUAAAAAUGAAAUAUGCGUCGAUCAGAGCGCGGAGCGGGAGCGUCAUCUCAGGUCGCUGCAGCUGGAGAUGGAGACGGUGCAGCGGCAGUUCGAGGCCGCGUCGGUGGACCGCGAGAACGCGAUUCAGGAGAACCGGAAGCUGCAGGACGACCUGGCGGCGGUGACCUGCGAGACGCGGAACAUGCAGCGCGAGCUGGAGACCUCGCGCGCCGAGUGCUACGACCUCAAGAGGCAGCUGCAGACCUACGUCAGUGAGGUCCGUCGUGCCGAAGAGCUCUUAAAUCGCAAGGAGAAUGAGAGAACGGAAAUGCUGAACCAUUUCCGAAGUCUCAGCUUAGAGGCGACGGUUCUGGAGAACAAUAAUCACAGCUUGGAGUCCGAGGCGGCGGAGGCUAGGGGCGCCCUUCAAACCGCAAGGCAUCAGAUACUCGACCUGGAGCGUCAACUGGCGGACCGGGACUGUCUGAUAAAGGGUUACGAGACUCAGAUAAGCAACCUGACGCAGAGCGUCGCCAGCAUGGAGACGCAGCUGCGGCAGCAGAUCGAACAGAGGCACCAAGCCGAGGCCGAUUUAAUGGCGGUCAGGGACCUGUGCGUGAAAUUGGACCAACAAAAGGACGCGCUCGUGGAGCAACUCGGUGAUAAGGACACCGUGAAAGUGCAUUACGAGUCGCAAUUGUCAAGACUGAAAGCCGAACAGAGCAUUGUUCAAGAUCAAAUUACCAGAGAUCGCGUGACCAUGGAACGGCUGGAGACUCUUCUGGAUCAGGCGAGACAGGAGUCCAUCAAUGCGCAGGCCACCAAUCAAGAGCUGCAAAACGAAAUCUCCAGAUUAAAACAGAAAGUCGCCGAGCUACAAAGUAAACUUUCGUCGGAAUCUGCGGAGCUCAGGCAGUAUCAGAAUCAAGCGGCGGAAUACAGCAAACAGAUCAGCGAGCUCCGCAGGCAAGUCACCAACGAGAGAUUUGACCGUGCGAGAAAGGAGGAAGAGAGUCGCAGGUCGCUAAAUUCAUCGCCAGACAGUUUCAAUGUAGAUUUAAAUGUAGUGAUAUAAUACACUAUGCACAAUGCAUGUCACUUGAUUUAUACAUAUUUGCAGCGCGAAAAGGGAAUAGUAAGGAUUGAAUGAAUGAAACGAGACACGUAAUUUGAUUUAAUAUGUCAGGUCUCGGCAAUGUGACUUAGAUUAUAUUUAUACAUUAAGAAACAUCAAAUAAAUAUUUCUUAAUGAUCGUAUAAAUGUGUGUGAACGACUCUGCAAUAUAUAAUAUAUUAACAUAAUUCUUCAUCUAAAAUGAAUAGAAUACGAAAUUAAUGAAUAGUACCGCGUCAAGAGAUCAAGACUUUCGAGAGAUGAAAAAUUAACGAUUUUGACAUAAGCAAGAUCGUUUAUAUAUAUCUAUUAAUUUAUCUAAUUACCAAAUAAUAUAUCAAAUGAAGUAUACAUGAAACAAUCAAAUUGUACAAAUUAUACUUCGAAGUUCAAUUAAAAAUGAAUUGAACUGUCACAAAGACUUAAUUAAGAAUGACUUAAAAAGUUAGGAUAUUUUAAAGAAUUGUAUAAGGUUAUCGAGUAUAUGAUAGAAAAUAUAUUGAGAUUGUUAGGUAUAUUGAAAAGAAAAAAAAGACAAUAGUCGACAAUACUUUUUUAGCAAUUUUAAUUAGCACUUCACAGAUGUAUUUUACAAAGUUUGAAUUUCUGUAAGUAAAAAAUUAAAAAUAAUACGAGAAAUUUGAAGUGACCAUAUCAGUCAUACUGAAUAAGUCUUUUAAAAUAAAUGGGAAAGAAUAUGUCAUGAAAAACAAGAAUCUCUUGAAGAAUAACAUACUACAUUUAUAUGUAUGAAAAUAACUCACAAAGUAACUUGAUAAGUGUGUAUCCAAGUACAAAUAUAUGUAUUUUUAAGCCUUUGUACACUCAACUGAUUUUGCAAUAAAUUUUAUACUUUCUACAA